AUGAGUUGGCUUUUUUCACGACGCUUCACGGCGACGGCGCCGCCGUCGGAGGAGGCGUCGGACGAGGCGGACUCGUCGGCGGAGGCGGACGCCGAGGCGGACGACGACGGCCGCGUCUACAAGAACCCGCGCAACUCGCCCUCGGCGCUCUGCCCGCGCGACGAGGAGCAGGCCACGCUGCUGGGGCAGAAGUGCCUGCGCAAGUGCUCCUCGGACGAGGACUGCAAGAGCAAGAAGAAGAAGUGCCUGUGCGACGGAGCCUGCGGCAUGAGCUGCAUCAAACCCGAAAAAGAGGAAGAAAAUGAAGAGAAAGAAAAAGAGGAAGAAAAUGAGAAAGAAGAGGAAGAAGAAUGGAGAUAUUACCUUGACACAAAUGCAACUAUUAAAACAGCAGCAGCAACAAUUGCAACUUCAGCACCAACAGCAACAACUUUACGUCUCCAGCAGCAACAACCUUCUACUCAACAAGGGCAACCGUUGAUUCACCAACAACCACAACAAACAACCCAACCUCAGGUGCACCCAAAUGAAGAGAUGCAGAUUGAUAGAGGAAGAGUAAUUAAGCGAUAUUUGCAAUGAGCACUUGGUGGAUGUUCACCAAAAACUAGUUGGACAGUUUUGUUAAUAUUUACCAACUUCGGGAAUGUUCACUCAGAAGUUGUAGGCUUCAGCAGUCGGAAUAUUGCA